AUGACCCGCUCCUUCGUGGGCACCAACAUCCGUCAGGUCGUCCCCAAGGCCGGCAAGGGCCCCCGCCAGGUGACCCGCGCUGCCGUGGAGUUCUACGGACCCAACCGCGCCAAGUUCCUGGGCCCCUUCUCUGAGGGUGUCACCCCCUCCUACCUCAAGGGCGAGUACCCUGGCGACUACGGCUGGGACACCGCCGGUCUGUCCGCCGACCCCCAGACCUUUGCCCGCUACAGGGACAUCGAGCUGAUCCACUCCCGCUGGGCCCUGCUGGGAGCCCUCGGCAUCCUCGUCCCUGAGCUGCUGCAGCGCAACGGCGCCGUCGCCUUCCCCGGCGACACCUCCGUCUGGUUCAAGGCUGGCUCGGGCAUCUUCGGCUCCGACGGCCUGAACUACCUGGGCAACCCCUCCCUGGUGCACGCCCAGUCCAUCGUGGCCACCCUGGCCGCCCAGGUGGUGCUCAUGGGAGGCGCGGAGGCCUACCGCUCCGGCGGCGGCGAGUCCAUCGGCCUGGACCUUGACAAGCAGUACCCCGGCGGCCCCUUCGACCCCCUGGGCCUGGCCGACGACCCCAACGCGUUUGACGAGCUCAAGGUGAAGGAGCUGAAGAACGGGCGCCUCGCCAUGUUCGCCAACUUCGGCUUCUUCGUCCAGGCCAUUGUCACCGGCAAGGGGCCCCUCCAGAACCUGAGCGACCACCUGGCCGACCCCUGGAACAACAACGGCUUCGCCGCCGCCACCAACUUCACCCCCAGCGGUUAA